AUGCCAUCAAAGGUGGAUGAGAGCAGUGACGAUGCAGUGUAUACUACCUCUGGAGGGAACCCGUAUCCCGAGCCAUACGAGGCCCAAAGGUUAGGAGCUAACGGUCCAUUGUUACUCCAAGAUUACCACCACAUCGAUCUCCUCCAACACUUCCAUCGUGAACGUAUCCCUGAGCGUGUGGUCCACGCCAAGGGAUCAGGGGCUUUAGGCUAUCUUGAAGUCACCCACGAUAUCUCCGAUAUCUGUUGUGCAAAGCUGUUCAACAAGGUCGGCAACAAAGCCCCGGUGGUCGCUAGAUUCUCGACUGUCGGUGGUGAAAGAGGCUCGCCGGACACCGCUAGAGACCCUCGUGGUUUCUCAGUCAAGAUCAAGACUGAGGAAGGUAUUUGGGACUGGGUUUUCAACAACACUCCUGUCUUCUUCCUCAGAGACCCGGUCAAAUUUCCACAUUUCAUCCACACCCAAAAGAGAUACCCUCAAUCUAAUCUUUCGCAUGGUGAUGAUGCCGACAUGUUCUGGGAUUACUUGUCCCAAAACCCCGAGUCGAUACACCAGGUCAUGAUUUUAUUUGGUGACCGUGGUGUGCCCGAUGGUUAUCGCGGCAUGAACGGGUAUUCUGGACACACCUUCAAGUUCGUCAAUGCAUCUGGAAGUUUCAAAUACGUCCAGAUUCAUUGUUUGGCAGACCAAAAGCGAGGUGAUUUCUUGACUCAAGAAGAAUCUGUCAAGAUGGCGGGCGAAAGCCCGGAUCACUCGACCAAGGACUUGUUUAAUGCGAUCGAGCGAAAGGAGUUCCCCUCGUGGACUUGUUACGUUCAAGAGAUGUCCGCUGAACAAGCAGAGAACUUUCGCUACAAUAUUUUAGACCUCACAAAGGUGUGGCCUCACAAAGAGUUCCCGUUGCGCCCUUUUGCUAAAUUUGUGUUGAAUGAAAAUGCGAUCAAUUACCACGCUCAGAUCGAGCAAGUGGCUUUCUCGCCCUCUCACCUCCCUCCAGGAGUCGAACCUAGUGCCGAUCCAGUCCUUCAAUCUCGACUAUUCUCUUACAACGACGCUCACAUUUACAGACUAGGAAUUAACUAUACUCAGCUUCCAGUCAAUCAAUCCAUCAGCCCAGUAGCCAAUUUUCAACGAGAUGGACCCAUGGCGUUAGGAGAUAAUCAAGGGAGCAGACCGAAUUAUAAAAGCACGAUCAGACCCAUGAAAUACCCUCAAAGACCUUACCAGUUUCCUGGAGAUCACGAGGUUUUCAUCGGACAGGCAGUCGCUGACCUUUCAACCGUCACCGAGUUGGACUUCGAGCCAGCUCGCGCCCUAUGGUCCAAAGUCUUCGAUGAUGGCGCCAAAGAACGGUUUGUCAAGAACGUCAGCGGACACCUCGGUAACGUCAGUCUUGAUCGGAUUAAGAAGGACCAAGUAGCUAUAUUCUUGGCCGUCGACAAAGACUUAGGCACGAGAGUUGCCAAGGCAAUCGGCCUCAAAGAUAUACCUGAGCCAUACAAGCCUGAGCCUGCAGCUCAAGCAACUAAGUUUACUCCGAAUUUGAAGUCUUCAGGUCAAAUGAUCUUUGGGAAUACCGUUCCCGUCUAA